GCUCAGCCUCGGCUUUAUCGGCUGCGAGUUCUCAAUGGUGCCGGGGUAGACAUGUGGCGCCUUCCGGGACUCCUGAGCCGCGCUUUUCACCGUCUGCCAGGACCUGGCCUCUGGAAGUUGAACCCUAGGUCCACAAGGCCAGAUGGGCCUCAGGCUACCUCCUCCAAUCUACUGGCCCCUGUUCCCAGCCUUGAUAGCUCCGGCUUCCAUGACCCAGGCCCAGGCACAAGCAAGGGCCCAAGGACCCAUGGAUGGAAGAACACCUUCCAGUGGAUAUCUGCCCGUGACUCCCCAAACACCCUGUGGGAUGCCUUAUCAUGGGGCACUCUGGCUGUGCUGGCCCUACAACUGGUGAGGCAGAUCCACUUCCAAGCGUCCCUGCCAGGAGUGUCUCGGCGAGCGGAGCGCUGCUCUUGGCACAGUCCACUGGAUCAUUUCCUCUCAUCUCCCCUGUGGCACCCGUGCUCCUCACUGCGGAGGCACAUCCUCCCCAUUCCUGAGAGCCCAGCUCCCGGGUACCCAGGCCUCAGCGAACCCAGGCCGAGCCAGGAAGGGCCCUCAGCUCAACCCAGGAGUCUCUCCUCACACAGCUCCUUGAGGGCAGCCAGUGUUCAGGACUCUGCAGAAGAAGAUCCCAGUGAAUUUGGCUUCCUGCAUGCCAGCAAUAGCUUUGAAUCUAAGGCAAAGCCAGCCCAGCCUCAGACAACUGGGAGAAAGCAGGAAUGCGAUCAGUCAAAGACUCUUUCACUUGAGGAGGCAGUGACUUCCAUUCAGCAGCUCUUCCAGCUCAGUGUUUCCAUCGCUUUCAACUUCCUGGGGACAGAGAACAUGAGGAAUGGGGACUACUCAGCAGCCUUUUCUUACUUCCAAAAAGCUGCAGACCGUGGCUACAGCAAAGCACAAUACAACACAGGCUUGUGUCAUGAGCAUGGCAGAGGUACCCCCAAAGACCGCAGCAAGGCAGUCCUUUAUUACCAGCUGGCUGCCAGCCAGGGCCAUAGCCUGGCUCAGUACCGCUAUGCCAGGUGCCUACUGCAAGACCCUGCCUCCUCAGGGGCCUUUGAGCGGCAGAGGGCCAUGACCAUGCUGAAGCAGGCUGCAGAUUCAGGCUUGAGAGAGGCCCAAGCUUUCCUCGGGGUGCUUUUCACCAAGGAGCCGUACCUGGAGGAACAGAAAGCCGUGAAAUAUCUUUGGCUUGCAGCCAACAAUGGGGACACACAGAGCCAGUACCACUUGGGAAUUUGCUAUGAGAAGGGUCUUGGUGUGCAGAAAAAUCUGGGAGAGGCUGUGAGAUGUUACCAGCAGUCAGCGGCUCUGGGGAAUAAGCUUGCCCAGGAGAGGCUGCGGACCCUUUUCUCAGUGGAGGCAGCAGCCCUCAGGUCCAGAGACCUGGCAGUUACAGGACUGAAGUCUUUCUCCAGCCCUUCCCUCUACAGUCUGAACACCCUGCUGGCAGGAGCCUCGAGUCUCCCGCACGCCAGGAGCACAGGGAACCUUGGACUCCUCUGCAGACAUGAGCAGCUUGCACCCAACGCAGGUGCCAACAACAGUGUGAACCCACCACCCCGUCACUCCUUGGAAAGGAGUCUUGUAAGACUGGGUUAUGGCUAA